AUGGAAUUGGAGGUGGAUGUGGAGGAAUGCCUUUACUGGCAGCCUUUCAAGACCGGGUGCAGCCUGAAGGCGUCUCCACCUCCAUACCGCCAAGACCAGACUUUUCCAUUGCAAUUGCAAGGGAACGGAGGGAGAUGGAAAAAUUUCUUUGAUGCCGACUUUGGCUGGAAUCGAUCCUUCUCCGAGCCGGAUCUUACAGCCAACCAGAAGCAGGGUGAUCUCAGUCGGUUUGCCAUCAAGCAUCCGCACGAGUACAUAGCCGUCGAUGACCUCAAGUACUUCCGCCGCCGCCAACCUGUCCACCUUCAUACCCAGAGCAACGUGUGCCUUUACAGCGGCGAUGAGCCAGUGCCCAGCUUCGGCUCCCUGAAGUCUGAGUACCGUAAGCACUUCCGUGGCCACGGCAACCAAUCCCGUCCCAGAUCCUUGCUGCGGCGCGCCACAUCGCUGCGAUUGGAGGGAUUCAUGCAGCUACUGUCGGAGCACCAGGAGAAAUACCACUGGUACACGCCCGAGGACCUGCGAUUCUCCCGCACAUUUCCCGUUCGUAAUCCGGAGAACCUGCAGUUAGGAGAGGGAAGCAGUGCCACCGAUGGCAUGAAGAAUUCCUCGUACCUCAUGCUGGAUCCCAGCACCAAGAUACUGCCACGCGAGGUGUUCCUCGAUGAGUCGGAGUUGGCGGCUAGGAAUCAACCCAAUAGCAAGGUGGCCGCAGAUAAGUUCAGACGGGAUGUGGCUGCCCAGGAGCAGCAACGCUGCCACCUGCAGAUGAGGGCUCAGGCUGUGGACCGGGAGCAAGAGGGCCAAGUUCCGGAACCCUCCGAAUACCGCCGUCAAUUUGUGCAGCAGUUUCCCGAAAAGGCACACUCCAUCCCCCAGAUGAGCAGCAUUAAGAUCCAGGGUGAAUUUGUAGCCGUACCGGAGUACAGAGACAGUUUCCGGAUGUAUGCCAACUACUCAAAGAGCGCCCCCAUCAAGAAGGAUGACAACCUGCGCGUAUCCGGCUCGGAGGCAACCUGUGCUCCUAAUGCCGAGGUGCCGGAGUACCGCGACAAAUUCAUCGACCCACCAAAGCAUGUGGCCAAAGAGAAGUCCCUUAAGACGGACGAUCACCUGCGUCCGCGCGGGGAGUUUACCAAAGAGAUUCCCGAAUACCACGAGAGCUUCCGAGACCCCCACAUCACCGAAAUGCCGGAGCGAGGAAAACCCCGGGAGCCUUUCCUCCGCCUUCGCGGAAAGAUUGAGUUUAAUCCGGAGUACAGGAAUAACUAUCAGGAUUUUCCGCGUUCCCGACCUGUGGUCCAAAAGCCCACAUCAUGCUUCCGGCUGCCCACCUCGGGUGUCAACCACGACCCCUCUGUCCAUCAUCAGCCGGAUGAGGUUCUGGAAACUCCUGCCCUGGUAACAGUUCCUCCAUCAGAGGUAACAGCCACACCGGAAUAUCGCCGGGCUCAGUACAACUAUCAAUUGAGGGAGCGUCCCAGGGAUCUGGAAGGAGUGCCAACUGGGGUCCCAGGAAAUAUACGCAAGAGCUCCGAUUCCUCAUUGGAGGCCAGACAGCCGCAAAUGCAGAUUCCUCACAAACGGAGGACCUCUCGUCAGCGGCAGGCCAAAGAGCCAGAGCAGCCAAUGGCCACCAGGUUCGACGAUGUGGGUGGCAAUGCGGCCAAAAAGCCAGCCAGAUACGGCCGGCGAGCAUCUGUCCUCCAGAACGCAGCCAGCUGUCGCGAGAACUCAUCGAUCAUCGAGGGAAAUCCCAAAUACGCCGUGGGAUGUCGUCGGGCCAAACAGCCAGCCGGAAAUCAGACGCAACCCGGAGCAUUCGUGGUGCUCGAUGAGCCCUGCAAGCCUUCCAACUGGAUGAAGAAGACUUGGUACGACUCCUAGAUCC